AUGUCGCCGUUGAAUGAACCGACGGUGCCGAUGUCAGCCUUUGGCCACGUUUCAGCAGCGCCAAAUGCUGGACCGCGAAACGAAAGAAUCCUCCGUUGGCUAGACAGCCAGGGGGAGCCAGAUUUUGUAAACGACAGCGACCUCAGAACAAACGCUGAGAUCGUAAUACAGAUCCAGGGAACCAAAGGCUGCUCUGAUGAGUAUAUCCAUCUCCGGGCCCCGAGAAGCAAUCUUGAUGUGGAUUUCGAAUCAUCAACCGGAAAUGUUACCAUCACCGAAGUGACAACUGUACCAGAACCAGCAACGGACGCGGCAUCACAAGAAGCAACAGCAAGGGGGAAAGAAGAGUCGUGGGCGGCGCAGGCUGCUCACGGGGUGGGAGCGAAAAAGACACCCGCGCCUCUCCGUCCUUCUACGCCUCAAUCGCAAGAUAUCAUCCGCGUCGCGAACGGCCAGCGCCUCAGCACAGAACACCACCAAUACGGCUUCAUCAGCGGACACGUCGUGAGCGCGCUGGAGAACGUGCUUGGGCAACCACGGCAAGUACGCGGCAUGCAGAUUCUCCUCCCUGCCUCGCAGAUACCAUGGAAAUGGACCGCGGCGACCGUGCUGGUGACCUUUGGCAAGAUGUCUGGGCGGGAGAGGAGGAACAUGGGCCUGAUCUACCGGCGGGUCAUGGAGUGUCAGUACCAGAUCCAGGAGUACGACAAGGUGGUUCCCAAGGAGAGAGAGUUGGGGGAGCUGGUGGAGCAGGAAAGGGUGGCUGCAAGGAACUUGGAGGAAUUGGACGUUGCGGAUAGGCGGGAUUGGUUGAUGAGGUAUGAGAAGAUUGUUGAUGAAGAGGCUGUUGUGAAGACGAGGGAUCAGUGGGUUAUGGAGGGGGAGAGGUUGAGGAAGGAGCACAAUGCGCUGCUGGAUGUCAUUGGAGCAUAUACAAAGGCGGCGGAAGGGUUUGAAGGGGAAGCGCGUGGGAAUCGGGAAGUUUGA